AAUAUGUUUAAAGUUUAGAUACAAAUAGAGAAAUUUUACCUUUAAAUUCUGGUUCGUUUUUUAUAAUAUACAGAUUUUACCUCUGAUCCAUAUUUUAAAUCUUUAAGUAAAAAAAAGUCAUGGGCAAAAUAAAAACUGAGAAAAAAGAAAGGCGAGGAUUGAGUGAUGAUAUUUUAGCUGUUGAUUCAGAAGUCAAACAAAAAAAUCGUAAAGCAAAAGAAGCAUCUCUAAGACGACGAGAUGAAGAUGAUAAGUUUGUUGGCGAUAAACUUUCCAAAAAAAUUCUUUUGCAAGCUAGAGCCCAGCAAGAAGAAUUACAGGAAGAGUAUCCACCUUCAGAAUACGUUACAAAGAAAAGUUAUCUUGGUAAUAAGAAGGAUGAAUCUUCAGAUGAAAAUGAGUUUGAAGAUGAUGAUCAUUUUUAUGAAAAUAUUCAAAUUGACGAAGAAGAUGAGAGAGCAAUGAAAAACUUUAUGUCAGAUACACCUGCAACACAAAAAACUUUAGCUGAUAUUAUUAUGGAAAAAAUUAACGAAAAAAAAACUGAGAUAAGAAGUCAGAUGUCAGAAACAUCUGAAAAACCAGUAAUGGAUGAAAGAAUAGUAUCAGUUUUUAAAAGUGUUGGGGAAAUACUAUCAAAGUAUAGAUCUGGAAAAUUUCCAAAAGCAUUUAAAAUUAUACCAACAUUGCAAAAUUGGGAAGAAGUACUUUAUUGCACAGAUCCAGAUAAUUGGACACCAGCUGCUAUGUAUCAAGCAUCACGAAUAUUUAUUUCAUGCUUUAAUUCAAACAUGGCACAAAGGUUUAUUAACCUGGUCCUUCUACCACGUGUUCGUGACGAUAUUGCUGAAUAUAAACGGCUUAAUUAUCAUUUGUAUAUGGCUUUGAAAAAGUCUUUGUUUAAACCUGCUGCUUUUUUCAAAGGGAUUUUACUUCCGCUAUGCGAGUCUGGUAGUUGUACACUUCGAGAAGCAAUUAUCAUUGGCAGUGUUCUUUCAAAAGUUGGUGUACCUGUUCUACAUUCUGCAGCUGCAAUGUUAAAAAUAGCUGAAAUGAACUACACAGGAGCAAAUAGUAUAUUUCUUCGAAUUUUACUUGAUAAAAAGUAUGCUCUUCCUUAUCGUGUGAUUGAUGCUAUGGUGUAUCACUACCUCAGGUAUUUUUUAAAAAAAUAUGCAAUUGCAAAGUAUUUUGUUUUGUUAUUAUAUUGCUUGAAUCCUUUUUUAAGGUUUCAGUCUGACAACAGAGAGCUUCCUGUACUUUGGUAUCAAUCUUUUCUUACAUUUGUUCAAAGAUACAAAGAAGAUAUUGCCAGUGAACAAAAAGAAGCUUUAUUAGAGCUUUGUAAAAAACAUAACCAUCAAAAAAUCACACCAGAAAUUCGACGUGAACUGAUGCAAUCAAAAUCACGCGAUAAAGAAAUACCAGCCGAAGCUGUACAAAUACCUAUGAGCUUUGACUGAAGAAACUUGUAUAUUUUGUGUCUUGAAUUUAAACAUUGUUACUUAUUAAUUA